AUGUGCUGGUCUGACCCCCCUCCUCCUUUCAGGGUGGAGCCUGCUGGAGUCCAAUGGUUGAGACCAGGUCUGAGGAAGUAUUCCUGUGAACUCACAAUCGACACAAACACAGUAAACAGAUGGAUAAUACUGUCUGACAACAACAGGAAGGCGACACGUGUGAUGGAGGAUCAGUCAUAUCCUGAUCAUCCAGACAGGUUCGACAAGUUCCAUCAGGUGCUGUGUAGAGAAGGUCUGACUGGUCGCUGUUACUGGGAGGUCGAGUGGAGAGGAAGUGUUUCUAUAUCAGUGAGUUACAGAAGAAUCAAAAGGAGAGGAGGCAGAGAAGACUGUGAGUUUGGAUGGAAUGAUCAGUCCUGGAAUCUGAUUUGCUCUGAUGUUGGUGGUCGUUAUGGUUACAAUGUCAGGCACAAUAAGAGAGGAACAGACCUCAUCUCCUCCUCCUCCUACUCCUCCUCCACUGUCUCUCACAAAGUAGCAGUGUAUGUGGACUGUCCUGCUGGCUCUCUGUCCUUCUACAGAGUAUCCUCUGACACACUGAUCCACCUCCACACCUUUAACACCACAUUCACUGAACCUCUUUAUCCUGGAUUUGGGGUCUUCUGGUCUGCUUCCUCAGUGUCUCUGGCUGUGUGUACCUGUACCCUGAGUGUGACGCUUCGCUGA